AUGUAUAUUCGACUGGAAGUUGAGCCCUGUGACCUCGAACUAACCGACAACCAGGUGUUGCCGUUAACCUCGCUUCAAUCCGCAUUCCCCGGAGCGGUCGGCGUUUCGUAUAAGACGUUGAAAGGAGCGAAAAGAGCGCUGCGAUUUGAUGGCGUUGCCUUUCAUCCGCCGGCCGAGGGCUGGCAGGAAACUGAUGCCUUCCAGGUUCAGUUGAGUAAGUGGUUUGCAUCGUUGGGUUUUCAGAUGACCAAAUCAAGAGAUUCAAUAUCAGUCUGUCGGGAAAAUAAUGAGAAUAAUGUCGCUGCGCCAAUCGUGUCGCUGAAGUGAAAAGCAAUUUUAUCAGUCUGUCGGGAAAAUAACGGCGGAUUGUCGCGCCUCGGAAUCGCCCAUCAUCGCUUUGCGACUUAGCCGCGGCUGGGAAUUUGGUGCGCGAUAGCGGCGAGGCGAGACAUUUUGAUGCGACCAUCCGCCGUUAUUUUCCCGACAGACUGAUAUUUUGCUGUGCACAGCUGCGACACAAUUCAUUUUCUCGGUGGCGAUGCGAUUUUCGAUGCUACAGAGGGCUCGUUAUUUUCUCGACAGACUGAUAGAAAAUGUCAAAAAACACAGAAAGUUUUAUGAAAGUGUUAGUUGAGCAAAAUGGGGCUUAUGGUGCACUAAUUGAGACAUUCUGUAAAUAAGAAUAGGCCAAAGGCAACGCACAGUGGACAUGAUCCAAUGGCAAAAAACGCACCGUUUUGCAUCCGGGAGGUAUCAAAAAUGUGGCAAAAUGCUUCCCUCUCCAAGUGAAAAAACUUUGUUUUGAAGGGCGCGUCCUUUUCCCUCACAAUAAAAGCGGGCGCGUUUUUGAAACCUGUGUUUAUUGCCACAUUUUUUGAUGCUUCCUUUUUUGCCACUGUUGUUGGCCAAGCUCUUCUGAUACAUUCUCAAUCAUUGCAGAGCCUUGCUAUAAUAUCUAUUAAAAAUUUAUUUUUUAUCGGGUCUUUGGACAGUCUUGUACAACAUUGCUGCUUCUACAAUAUUAUCUAAUGCAUUAGCCUCUUCAACGAAUAAAACAUCAAUUUUGAUUGUCAUUUCAGGUGGCAAAAGUAGUUUCCCCUUCGACAGCUAUGAAAAUGCCUCAAAACAAUUUGAAAAAGCCGUCACAACCGUCCAGAAGCUCAUGGAUCAGAAUUAUAAUGGUAAGAGCUCUCUUUUUCUCACAUCUUAUUUUCCAAUUUGUACGUACUCAAAUAAGAUUGCCUCUAUCUCUUCUAGACAUGACCUAUAUUGCGCCUCCUUCACCUCCAUCGCCCGGCUCGGUAAGUCCGCGAGAGAGGCUACGAGCCUUCCGGAGAAAGGUCGCAGAUUACCGUGUUAGCAACGACGAUCUCACGACUGGCUUCGAACUCCCGAAGAGCGAACUGGAAAAACAGUUCAGCGAGUUGUCAGCGAUUUUGGUCGGCAAGGACGCCAUAAUUGAGGCUUUGCGCAAACGGGUGGAUACCGUGAAUCAGGAGCUCCAUGGGUAAGAAAUGAUGACUUUUUUGAACCUUUCAGGCGUUUCUUCCUUAGAUAUUAUCAUUAAAUUUUAGCCAAGGAGACCAUGAAGAUUGUAAAAAAGAGGUCAAAAAGUGGAAAGAUCAAGUCGAAAGCUUGGAGGAUGAGCUGAAAUUGUUCCGUGAGAUGGCCUCGAAACAGGAGAACAUGACUAACAAAGUCAAAAGCUUGACGAAUGAGCUGGAGGAGCUGAGGAAUACAAGUAACGCCAAGUUACAAUCAGUCCAUGUCGAAUUUGAGCGAGUUUGCCAGGAACUGAAGGAGUUCCAACAGCAGUAAGUUCACUUUACGAUAUUGUAGUCGGUUUGCAAAGUCGCUGGAGGGAUUUUUGGCGUUUGUACUGACUGAAAAAAAGUUUGAGCGACAGCCCUAAAAAGCCUAUUGUAAGGUGUAAAAAGCCAGGAAUCACCAAUUUCAGUCCGGUGACAUUCCGGACGGACAAAUAAGGCUGCUUAUAAUUCAAUCCAGCGCAUUUCCUGCCUUUUGCUUACACUUACAGACUACUUACAAGGGAGGUGACUUUCUCCGCGGAUCAAUCAAUACUGGUGACCUAGUGGAUGUUGAAAAACAGGCUUGCUAAGGCUUUAGCUCGCUUAUGUCUAGGCUUGAUAGACUUAGAAAUUGCUCAAAGUGAACAAUAAAUAUUGCCAAAAUCACCCCAGAGACUUUUCUAACCGACUAUUACUAUACUCUUUACAAUAGUCAUCAUUUUUCAAACCAAUUGAAAUAUAAUGAAAACUCUUUUUCCAGGCAUGAUUUGCUGUUGCAAGAGCACUCUCGAACCACUGCUCAGCUCCAUGAAACUGAAAAGAAAUUGGACGAGCUUAGACAUCUACAUGACGAGGUGAAAGCGCGGUUCGAAGAAAGCGAGAAAAGCUAUGCCGAACAGAUACGCGCAGCCAAUGAGCUGAGAGAGCGCAUGUGUAAUGAGAAUGUCAGGUUGAUCAAACAGUAAGUCCAAUUUUACUACGGUAAUUACAAUAAAUAUUCUGCUUUUCCAACAUUUAACGACUUCCCUUCAGAAUCAAUGAAAUGGAAAGCGAAACCGAGAAUUUACGACAGGAAAAAGAGCUGCAAUCCACUCAACGGACCGAUUCCUACACCAAUCUGAAGGAGAAGGUAAAAAAUCUCGCAUUUUAGAUUGAUUUCCCUUCAAUUAUCAUUCAUUUUCACCUCAAAUAUCCUCAUUUCCAGUACUCCGCGUUAGUGGAAGAGCACGAGGAGAAGAUUCAAGAGAGCGCCAGUCUCAACCAACUCAUCGAAAACCUCAACAGGCAUUUGACGGACAUCACAGUGAAGUACAAAGACCUACGCAGUCAACGAGACGGAUCGCCGCCCAACCGGUAUUACAUGUAA